AUGUAGGGUAGUACGUCCUCGUUAAUUACGUUUUUGCAUACAUACAUCAUACAGGGCAGUCCAAUGGAUGAACAGUUGAUUGGAUCGCUCGCUAGCCGCUGAUCUGAUCUGAUCUAAUCUGGUCGACGUCCAUGGAUGCCGUCUCGUCCAGCUGCGGCUGGCCCAACCUCCCGCCGGACUUGCUCCGGGAAAUCUCCGGCCAACUCCAUGACGCCGUCGACUUGUCCCGCUUCCACACCGUGUGCACGGCAUGGCGUGACAUGGUCCGGUUGCCGGCGGCGGAGCCCCAAUGCCCCGCGCUGCUGCCGUGGCUCGUCGCCCGUGGCUGGCCCGGCUGCUUCUCCCGCUCGCACCUCCGCUCCAUCUUCUCCAACGCGACGCCCGCCUGGCACUCCCCGAGGACGACCACCCGCGACAUGUGGCUGGCGUCCACGGACGGCGCCGGGGUAUGGGUCCUCACCGCCGACGGCGACAGGCUCGUCGACCCCCUCACCGGAGCCACCGUCCGCCGGCUCCCUCGCCUCCCUCGCACCAGCAACAAUGACCACGUCUGCUACAUCGACGGCGUCGUCUGCGGCGACGGCACCAUCGUGGCGUACGCCACUUCAGAUGGGUUCAAGCACACCUCCCAGAUCGAGGCAGCCAUCCUCCGCCCCGGCGACACGGCAUGGACGACGGUAGAGUCGAAGGGGAUGAAUUACUCCGCCUUGGGGUACGGCUGCUGCACCACGUAUCACCAAGGCGGCGUCGUGUUCGCCGACCUGUACCAGACGUUCGUCGCCAGGGUGCUCGUCGACGACGCCGGCGGCGGCGGCCGAGUAGUGGAAUCCAGGACAAGAAGAUGGCCGCCUGAUUAUGGCUUCCUGUACAAGCGGCUGCUAUCGACGUACACCUUCGAGUUUCGGGGCAAGCUGAUGUCCGCCUGCGUCGAGAUUCCAUGGCAGAGCAGCGCCUACCAGAUCGACGCCGCCGCGCUGUCGGUGUCCCUGUACACGCUGGGGACGGCGGCGGCGGCCGGCGACGGCGACGAGCUGGCGCAUCUGUGGGUGAGGGCGGCGGACGGCGGGAGGCUGCUGGGUGAGCACGCGCUGUUCCUGGGGUGCCCGACCAGCUUCGCCGUCGACGCCGCCAGGUUCGGCGCCGGCGGCGAGGUGAGCGGCGGAUGCGCCUACUUUGUCAUUUGGACAAUGCCGGAUGUGUGCCACGUGUACAAGUACUCCUUCCACGACGAUGCGGCGACGCCAAUGGCAGAGCUGCCAUUCGAAUGGACCUUCAUGAUCAAGAGAACACUGUGGUUCCUGCCCCAGUAUUCCAGCGUAGCCCCAACUCCAACCCAAGAAAUCAGAGAGAGGCUGAUUCGGCAUGGAGAACGACCAAAAACUUUCAAGAUUAAGUUGAACAAUCUGACACCACGGGCUAGGCUAGGAUCGAGUGGAGAUUCUUGGUUGCGAGGGGAAUUCCGCGAUCAUGGCUACGUGAUCGAUGCUAACGUUCACUACCGCAACGGCGCAAUCUUCGGGGUGGUAACAAUGACCACCGUCCAGAAACCGGCUGAUAUUGUCGCUGCCUUCGACAAAAGAGGGUUCCUGGACUUGCAUCCCCUGUUAGCAGUGGAAUUUGCAGAGCAGCAGCCGCGACAAGAGUGGAUCCUGACAGAGGCGGCUCUAGCUAUAGCUCCAACGACUGUUCAUAGUUUUUCACCGAAAGAUUUCAGUAUCUACGUGGGAAAUCUUCGAUGGGAUGUUGAUCGCCUUCGUCUGCUAAAGUUUUUCGGAGAGCAUGGCCGAGUUUUGGUAGCUCAAGUCGUGUGUGACAGACAAACCGGGCGGUCCAGAGGAUUCGGCUUCGUGAGCAUGGCCACAUUGAGGGAACCAGACGAUGUCAUCGCUUCCCUCAACGGACAGAUCAUGGAUGGCCGUCCCAUGAGAGUGAGCUUUGCAAAGUGGCAACCACGGCUUGGUUACUAAGACACUAUUUAGGAGAGCUUUUAGUUCCAAUUCUCUCUAGAUUAACAAUGCUAGAUUCUCGCUGGCUAUCAUUGCUAAUUACUUCUUACGAUCUCUAGCUCCCUGAAUAUGGCUCAUCAGGAGCCAGAAUACGAAAUGUAAAUGGAAUGGGGGCAUUAUUCACUAGUGUUGCAAUUCACGCAGAACAAACUAAAUGGAUUUCUUAUCAAAGAAUAACAAAUUUCUUAUUACUGGUAACAAAAGAUUUCGUUCACUCCUGCUUUGCUAGCCUCUCAGAGAUCAAAUUCGUUUUAACUCAAAAGGAAAAAGAAUCAAUUCGUUUAUGCUUGUCUAUCUUAUUCUUGUUUUGGGAGGAGCUCGUCUAUCUGUUGAUCAACACGU